AUGACAAGGCGACGAGCAAGCCAAGCCGGGCGAGAUGACGACGACGGGGACGACAGCGACGAGGAGCGCAGCAAGGACUGGAGGCAGGACAAGAAAAAGGGACGGGGGCGGAGGGACGAGGGCGAGGAAGACGCACAGCGCGGACGCCUCCAGCUCGCGGCGCGGCGAGAGGCGGCCUUUGUCGUGCAGCGCGGCGCCGUACACAGGGCGCCGUUCGUGCUGUCCGAGGUGUUUAAUUGGAGAGACUCCACGUUCUCCUUCGUUGCUGUUCUGGCUGCGCGCGUGAGGUCAGCAAGAGCACAGCCAAACUGCGCUGCACCGGCGGUGGCCGAUGCUCGAUCGAGGCAGCGAUCGUCCGCGCCAGAGCCCCAGAACAGGCGCCGCAAAGCCGGCGUGGGGAAUGCAAGCGACGCGUGA